AUGGCCCCUCACGCUAUACCUGUGUCAAGUAAGACUACCAGUGAAGUUGAUGUCACAUCAUCAUCUUCCUUCUCGCUUAUCAAGGCCAAUCCAUUCGGGUUGACAACUGAUCCCCAAGAAAUCAAAGACACCACAUACACUUCAGCCACUACCAUCAUUAAUCAAACACUUUAUUCUAUUGCUUCCAAGAUCUUUAGCUAUGAAACUGUUGGUGAUGAAAAUUUAUUAGAUUCCAACAUCCAACUCUGGUUACAGUAUCAAAGAUUGAAUGCGUAUGGAAUUGUUCCAUUUUAUAACAAAUUCCAAGUUAGAUCAGGUGCUGCCAAUGCAAUCUUAGGGUAUUUCACUAAGAAUGGCACUAAUGGUCAACCAGUCUCUACUUUACUUGGAUCAAAUGGAUUAAACUAUAUGAGAACAGCAUUGUCGAGUGCUACUGCUGAUAAAUUACCAUUGGCAUUGAAUGUUUCUGCUAUUGAUUUCAAUCAGGAUUCGUUGGUUUCAAACUACGGUGAAGCUUUGAGUGUUGCUCGUACUUUAUCUUAUCCUGUUUUCACUCCAGUUGAUUCAAAUGAUGCCUUAGAAAUACAACAUUUAGCUAUCUUGAAUCAUUUUUAUUCAUUUUUCAGUGGUAAACCUUCUGUUUAUUUAUUUGAUGGUCCUGAAUUUGUAAAAACCUUUAAAAAAUUUGAAAAUGUUUUGUCUAGUAACGAUAUUUUCCAAUUAUACCAAAGCUUAUUAGAUUCAGCUACAGAUGAAGUUUCUAUUGAUGCUGCUUUCAAUGCCUUGAAUAAAGUCACAGGAAAGAAUUAUUCUCAAUUUGAAUAUGUUGGUAGUGAAAAUCCUAAAACCGUGUUUGUCGUUUAUGGUACUCACCAAAGUACCCAAUUGAGUCAAAUUGUCAGCAAAUUAGAUGUAGGGUUAGUUAAAGUUAGAGUUCCUGUUCCUUUCAAUCAAGAAAAACUUGUCCAAGUUAUUCCUCAAUCAACCAAGAAAUUAGUGGUGUUGUCUUCUUCUAAUGAUGGAUUAAUGGCUGACGUUACCGCUGGAUUAUUCUUAGGUGGUAGAUAUCAUUCAUUAUCGCUUGAUGAAUUCAAUUAUCCUCUUGAUUUCAAAUGGACUCCAAUUACUGUUACAAAAUUAUUAAAUGAAUUUGUCUCAUUAGAUUUUGAAAAAAUUUUCCCUGUUGUUAAACCAGCAGACGAAGUGUUGACCGCCAACUCUUCACCUGAAGGUAGUUAUUUGUUCUGGGGUAAAGAUAAUGGAAUUAUUGUUGAUACUGUUGAAAAAUUGGCAUUAUCUUUAUCUUUAGAUAACAGCAAGAGUGUCGCCAUUAGAAAUAUGUUUGAUAACGGUAACGGAGGUGGAUUAUUUCAAUCACAAAUUAUUUCUACCACAGGUCCAAUUAGAGCCGUUGAUGCAGCAGACGUUGUUGUUAUUGAAGAUUUAUCUCUUUUACAAUAUUACGACGUCUUAGCCACAGCAAAACCCGAUGCUUCUAUUUUGUAUAUUAAUCAUAAAUCAUUGACAAAGGAAGAAUUGAUUGAAAAAUUACCUAUUGAAUUCAAAAAAGAUUUGGCUAAAAACCACAACAAGUUGUAUGCCAUUGACUUCUCAAUUAUUGAAAAAUUGGAUGAAGCUAAUAGUGCCACUAAAGGAUUUUCUGGUGAAUUUUUGGUCCAAUUGGCAUUUUGGAGAAGCGCCUUACCUGAAUUGGGUGGGUUCAUCGUUAACAAAUUAUUGCAAGCCAAUGGUAAUUCAUUUGAAUUGUUAGGUACUGUUUUAGAUAACUUUAUCAAUUCUGUUGAUGAAAACCAAGGUAUCAAAGAGAUCCCAGUUGCUCCUGAAUGGGUUGAUUUGAAGGACGAAGUCAAAGAAGCUGAAGAAAAGAAAGAAAAUGAGACCAAAGAACAAGAGCAAGACAAAGAACAAGUUGAAGUUGAAGAAUCAAAUGAAUUACCAUUUUUCCCCAUUGAAACUUCCUUCUUUGCCAAUCCAAGAAACCCAAUUGAAGCUGUUGAAGAAAUUAACAAUACCGGUUACAAAUCUCUUGCACAAAAGAUUACUUUCCCUGAAGCUUAUAAUGUUUCUAAAGAUUUGAGACCAGAUUUGCCAGUUAAAAAUUUUGUGGUAAAAGUUCAAGAAAACAAGAGAUUGACUCCAACUGAAUAUUCAAGAAAUAUUUUCCACAUUGAGUUUGAUACUACUGGUACCGGGUUGACUUAUGAUAUUGGUGAAGCAUUGGGUAUUCACGGUAGAAACAACAGCGAAGCAGUUGAAGAAUUUUUGAAAUUCUACAAUGUUGAUGGUGAUUCACUUGUUGAAAUCACCAAUAAAGAUGAUAGCAAGAUUGUUGAAAUUAGAUCAGCCAGACAGGCAUUGACUGAAACAGUUGAUUUCUUGGGUAAACCACCUAAAAGAUUCUAUGAAUCAUUAGCUGAAUUUGCCACUGAAGAAAAAGAAAAGGCAGUCUUAACUAAAUUGGCUAGUGCUGAAGGUGCUGAAGAGUUGAAAAAGAGACAAGAAGUUGAUUUUGAUAGCUAUUUUGACAUUUUACAAGAAUUCAAAUCAGCAAGACCAUCAUUUGAAGAAUUGAUUAAGAUCAUUGCUCCUUUGAAAAGAAGAGAAUAUUCAAUUGCUUCUUCACAAAGAAUACAUCCUAAUGCUGUUCAUUUGUUAAUUGUUGUCGUUGACUGGGUUGAUACAAGAGGAAGAUUGAGAUACGGUCAUUGUUCAAAAUACUUAUCCGAUUUAAAAAUUGGUGAUGAAUUGGUUGUUAGUGUUAAACCAUCAGUUAUGAAAUUGCCACCAUUAUCCACUCAACCUAUUGUUAUGUCAGGGUUGGGUACUGGGUUAGCACCAUUUAAAGCAUUUAUUGAAGAAAAGAUUUGGCAAAAACAACAAGGUAUGGAGAUUGGUGAUAUCUAUUUGUACUUGGGAUCAAGACACAAAAAGGAGGAAUAUCUUUAUGGUGAACUUUGGGAAGCUUAUAAAGAUGCUGGAGUUUUAACUCAUAUUGGAGCAGCAUUUUCAAGAGACCAACCAGAAAAGAUUUAUAUCCAAGAUAGAAUCAGACAAACAAUUGAGGAAUUGACUGAUGCUAUUGUCACCAAAAACGGUUCGUUCUAUUUGUGUGGACCAACAUGGCCAGUACCAGAUAUCACUGCAUGUUUGGAAGAUAUUGUUCGUAAUGGAGCCAAAAAGAAUGGUGAAGAAAUUAAAGAUGUUGCAAAAGUUGUUGAAGACAUGAAGGAAGAUGGUCGUUACAUUUUAGAAGUCUAUUAG